AUGGCGUCCUCCUUCCAAACCCUCAAGAUGAACAGCUCGUCGCCCCUGAUGAUCACAAACCACCCCUACUAUCCAUUGGAGGUCGAGAUCGCAAGCUACCUCGCAAACGAAUGGUCGGUGCCAGUGCUGCUGGGCAGCUUUUCUACCCUCUGCGCCGCCAUCCUGCUGGGAACGCUGGCCAUCGUGAAACGCCUCCAUCCCAACCUGCCAGGCAAGGAGAAAGCUGCCAUCUGGUGGUUCGUCCUCUCAGGAUGCAUCCAUCUGUUCUUCGAGGGAUAUUUCUCCUACAACCAUACCCGCAUGGGUCCCGCGCAAGAUCUGUUUGGCCAGCUGUGGAAGGAAUAUGCGCUGUCUGAUUCCAGAUAUUUGACCUCCGAUCCGUUUGUGCUCUGCAUGGAGACGAUCACUGCUUUUACCUGGGGCCCUCUCUGCUUCAUCGUCGCCGCGUUCAUCACGACCUCGCACCCCCUCCGCCACCCCCUCCAGAUAAUCGUCUGCACUGGCCAAAUCUACGGCUUAAUCCUCUACUAUGCCACUAGCAUGUUCGAUCACUACUACAAGGAGGUUACCUACAGUCGCCCGGAAUUCGUGUACUUCUGGAUCUACUACUUCUUCAUUAACUUCCUCUGGAUGAUCUUCCCUGGAGCUCUACUUGUCAGCAGCGUCCGAAGAAUUGCGAACGCUUUCAAGACUCUGGAGAAGAUGGAGGCGAAGUCCGGCGCAACCAAGAAAAAGGCCUAG